UUUUCAAAAGCUUAAUCCACCGUAUUCAGCCAUGAGCAUGCUAUCACAUUUGGCCUCAGGGUCCAAGAGAUCAUUCUCAACUUCAUCAAGACAAUGUCAAAAAGCUUACAAUAAAUACUCAAAGAUCAUCACUCAACCAAAAGAUCAAGGUGCUUCCCAAGCCAUGCUUUACGCCACUGGUUUCGAACAAGAAGAUUUCAACAAAGGUCAAGUUGGUGUUGGUUCUGUUUGGUGGUCUGGUAAUCCAUGUAAUAUGCAUUUGUUAGAUUUAAAUUUCAGAUGUUCUCAAUCUGUUAAUAACGCUGGUUUAAAAGCUAUGCAAUUCAAUUCAAUUGGUGUUUCCGAUGGUAUCUCAAUGGGUACUGCUGGUAUGAGAUAUUCUUUACAAUCAAGAGAAAUCAUUGCUGAUUCUUUUGAAACUAUCAUGAUGGCUCAACAUUAUGACGCAAACAUUUCCAUCCCAUCUUGUGAUAAAAACAUGCCAGGUGUCCUUAUGGCCAUGGGUAGACAUAACAGACCUUCCAUCAUGGUUUAUGGUGGUUCAAUUAAACCAGGUCACCCAACUUGUGGUUCUGCUUCAAUCCCAGAAAAUAUCGAUUUAGUUUCUGCAUUCCAAUCUUAUGGUCAAUAUAUUUCAAAACAAAUCAGUGAGGAAGAAAGAAAAGAUAUCGUCCAACAUGCUUGUCCAGGUGCUGGUUCAUGUGGUGGUAUGUACACUGCAAACACUAUGGCUUCAGCUGCUGAAGUUUUAGGUAUGACUUUACCAAAUUCUUCUUCAUCUGUUGCAGUUUCUGAAGAAAAAUUGGCUGAAUGUGAUAACAUUGGUGAAGCUAUCAAAAAAAUCAUCGAUUUAGACAUUAGACCAAGAGAUAUUAUGACCAAAGAAGCUUUCAAAAAUGCAAUUACUUAUGUUAUCGCUACAGGUGGUUCAACAAAUGCUUGUUUACAUAUGAUUGCCGUUGCUCAUUCAGCAGGUGUUAAAUUAACUUUAGAUGAAUUCCAAGCUAUCUCUGACAAGACCCCAUUAUUAGCCGAUUUCAAACCAUCAGGUAAAUAUGUUAUGGCUGAAUUAGCUCAAUAUGGUGGUACUCAAGCUGUUCUGAAAUACUUAUUAAAUGAAGGUUUCAUGAACCCUGAUACUUUAACUGUUACUGGUAAAACUCUUGGUGAAAAUCUUGCAACCAACCCAGGUUUACCAGAAGGCCAACCAAUCAUUUAUCCAGUUUCUAACCCAAUUAAGGCAAAUGGUCAUUUACAAGUCUUGUAUGGUUCUUUAGCCCCAGGUGGUUCUGUUGGUAAAAUCACUGGUAAAGAAGGUACUUACUUCAAAGGUAAAGCUAGAGUUUUCGAAGAAGAAAAUGCCUUCAUUAAGGCCUUAGAAAAUGGUGAAAUUAAAAAAGGUGAAAAAACAGUUGUUAUCAUUAGAUAUGAAGGUCCAAAAGGUGGUCCAGGUAUGCCAGAAAUGUUGAAACCUUCCUCUGCAUUAAUGGGUUACGGUUUAGGUAAAGAUGUUGCCUUAUUAACUGAUGGUAGAUUCUCUGGUGGUUCACAUGGUUUCUUAAUUGGUCAUAUUGUCCCAGAAGCUGCUCAAGGUGGUCCAAUUGGUUUGGUUAAAGAUGGUGAUGAAAUUGUUAUCGAUUCUGAUAAUAAUAAAUUAGAUUUAUUAGUCUCUCCAGAAGAAUUGGCUGAAAGAAAAUCUAAAUGGGUUGCUCCACAACCAAGAUACACUAGAGGUACUUUGUCUAAAUAUGCUAAAUUAGUGUCAGAUGCCUCCCAUGGUUGUGUUUUAGAUGCUGAUGAAGUUGAAGCUUAGGUGUCCUUCAAUUCAUUACAUUCAUUUUUUUUAUAACUGUUUAUUUGUUUCAUUGAAGUUCUUUUUAUAUCAACUUGUUCAUAAUGGGGUUUCGGUUUGUCCUAGAAAGGAUACUUAUGUAUAUCAUUAUUUAUUAUUAAUUGGCACUAAAUUUUAAGCAUAGGAAUUGCUCGUUUGGUUAAUCAACUAUUUUAAAUUCCUCAAUAAUAUCAAAGGUAUGUUGUUGGAAAAAUAAAAC